AUUUCAGAUGAGCCCGAAGUUGCAAUUGAUGGUAACCAAGAGCAGUUUAUAGCUGAAGGCGAGAGCUUCACGUUGAUCUGUCGGUAUAACGCUUCACCGCCUGUGUCUGAGGUGCAGUGGAUAAAAGAUGGAAAUGUGAUUACCAUAAAUGCCACUGUGACUAACAACGGAUCAAGAGUUACUAACAUCUUUUAUAAUGAAAGUCUAUCACAGCUUUCAAUCACCUCAGCUUCCUCACAGAAUUCUGGAAAUUACACCUGCAAUGUUACAAAUAAUGUAACUGAUACAACAGAUUCGACGUCGAUUGUUAUUCAAGGUAUGUAUACGAUGUUCAUUACUUCCUAUACAACAUAUCUGUGGCAUUAUUUCUCUCAGUGUUCCUGGUUAAAUUUUUUUGUUCGUUUAAAAUCUUAUUCUGUGGAAGGAAAAGCCAACCCAGCAGUUCUAUGUAAACACAAUUACACGAAUUUAUUUUUGCCACAAAAAAAUUCUCUCGUCAAAAUGAGCAUCAAAUUUGUUUGAUCAGUCAAACAAAAUUUGCCUUGAUUUACGCGUUCAAAAAAUAAUUUAAUUCCUUAUCUCAAUUUCUAGACGACAACCAUUCCUUCCUCAUAUACUAAUAAAAAAUAAAAAAACAAAUUUUAAAAAAAUAACAAAAAAAAAUGUCAAUCAUAGGAAAGUUUAACUUACUACACUUUAGAAAGCCUCGAAAGAAGACGUAAGAGAAAAACUGUACAAUACCUUGGAAUACCAAAUAACUGACUAAAGUAUUUCUGUUCUCUCACAGAGAAGCCCUCCACCAAAUUGCAGCCAGAAACUGUUACCGUCAAGGAGGGAGAAAAUGACACGUUAUUUUGUAACUCUUCUGGAAGCUCUCUAACAAUAACGUGGAAAUUCAACGGAAUUGAUGUAACCACCUCAGGGGAUUCAAGGAUCAGUUUAUCAGAUGGCAAUCGACAUUUGAUUAUAACGAACGUGAGCAGGGUAAACAAGGGGGAAUACAAAUGUGUGGCGAGCAACAAGGUUGGAAACGAUACAUCUAAUACUGCCUUUGUACUGGUUGAAUGUAAGUACAGAGCAAACGUACCAGGCCGUUUUAACUUAUUGGCAGUCUUGAAGUUUCUUUUUUCUUGCUUGGCUUGGCUUGAGUUGAUAGCAAAAAGAUUGCAUUCUUAAGUUGACAUUAUUAUACUAUUAAAUAACCAAGCAUUCACCAAAGUGGAGGUGGCAAGUGGCGGAUAUUCAGAGGCUUAAUAGCCCAUCAGGGCGGGUCUUCAACGCUACUAUUACACUGAUGUAGAUUAUUGAUAUUAACAAUUUUGUUUUGUUUUUUGUUUAUUCAAUUCCUUUUAACGUUUGCUGUUUUUUUACAGUUAUCAAACGGAGUAACUUUCAUUCAAAUCAGUGUUGCAGUGUUGUAGUAUUUCAGCAAAAAUUACCAAACGGCAAUUUUUGCUGUAUUUUGUGAAAUACGUAUGGUUUUGCAGUGACUCAGUUUUUCAAUUUUUUAUCUUCACAUUACUAGUUGGACCUGAAAUCUCCGAACCUCCGACUAAUCGCACAAAAGAGGAAAAACAAACGGUUGAUUUUAGUUGCGUAGUCGCAGGAUACCCUACACCUGAUGUCGUUUGGACAAAAAAUGGACUGGAAUUGAAUGUGACAGGAGAUAUGCGACUUAGUGUAUCUUCCAAUGAUGGAGACCACCAAUUGAACAUAUCAAAUGUUCAACAAUCGGAUGCAGGGCAGUACAGAUGUGUAGCCAAUAACAGUUUGGAUACCGCGACUUCAUCUUCAGCGACCCUAACAGUACAAUGUGAGUGCCAAAGUAGUGUAUAUUUGCAUAUUUGCAACGUUCUAGUAUUGAUCACUUUUUUUAUUCGAGUUUCCUCCAGCGUUGACCACAAAUUCUAUAGAUCAUUAUUAUUGACAAAACCUCUCUCUUCGGUUGAUGUUCUUCUCGUACUGAAAAUGGCAAAAGACCAAGUUGAAUUAAUGCGAAGAGCCAAUGAUGCUAAAAGUUCCUCAAUGGAUCAAAUACAUGUGUCAGACACUGCAGGGAGCUGCGUCCAAAUUGUUCUCGACAUCUCAGCUUCUCCCUCUCAAAUCUUCGAUUUGUGGUUUUUGAUUAAAGGGUCCUGGGUAAGUUCUCGCUUUACAAUAAUUGUUCUCCCUUAACUUUAAUAUGAUGUUAUCAAUGAAGAGCGGUUUCUAUGUCGUAUCACUGAAUUUUAGUUGCACCAGAAGUCACAAUCGAUGGAGAUCAAAAACGGUAUUUAGCCAACGGCACUGAUUUACUGCUGACAUGCCAAUUCAACGCCUUGCCUACUGUUUCUGAGGUGCAGUGGGUAAAAGAUGGGAUUGUUAUUGUAUCAACCCUUAUUACGCCUUCGAAUGGGUCACGUGUCACUAUUUCACAUCAUAAUGAAAGCCAAACUCAGUUGUCGAUCAUCGCAGUUUCCUUGGAAGAUGCUGGAAAUUACACCUGCAAUGUCACAAAUAAUGUUGGUAGUUCCUCAUCAAAUUGGACGUCGAUUGUCAUUCAAGGUAUGUUGAGAUGUAAAUGGACUUAGACUUGAAACAAUUUGAUUUGUCAAUAUAUUUCUUGGCCGAAAGUGACCAAAAGCAGAAGUUCGAUGUGAAGUCGAGGAACUGUUUUAUACCAGGCUCAAAUCUUUUAAAAGCUUGUGGCCAAAAUUUUACUCGUGAAUUGACACACUGAAAGACCAUUCUGUGCGUGUUCCUCUGAGACCUUACGGUCCUUCCAGAGUCUCAAUAGGGUGUUGGCUUUUACGGCUAAUGGUUAAAAUUUUGGUCAAUUUACGGCUAAACCUCAUUUUCUAUCCACAGUGAUCACCAGAAAUUUUUCAAAGCCUAAUCUUUUUCCGACUAACAAUUAAAAUUUGAUAACUUUUACGUCUAAGGGCUAAUGCUAUCGGCCGUUAACAAUUGAUCCAUUGAGACCCUCUACUUCUCACAUGUGUUGCAAGUAACAUGUUUGGCCGAAAAAUUUUAUUCUCGUGUAAAUAAGAAAAAAAAAGCUCACUCAACAUCAUUGGGCGAAAAAAAAAAACAAUUGUGCAUGUUUAGACGCCAACGUUCGUUCAGUCAGAGGAGGGAUGGGAAUUAAGUCAUAAAACGCAGUAACCGGCCUAAGUGGAGACCUGCAAGAGAAAAUUUGUAACAUAGUAAUCUGCUUUAGAGCUGACAAGAAGAUUUUACGUUUACGUAUGACCUCUUUUGAUUUUGCAGUGACACCAUCUAUAGAGCAGGACCCAAAAGCCAGUCCGGUCAAAGAGAGAGAAAACUUGACUCUAUUUUGCAACGCUUCUGGGAGCUCUUUGAGGAUAUCAUGGGAAAAAAAUGGAUCUGGUAUAAAUCCCAGUGAAGAUUCGAGAAUCCUUUUGUCAAGAGACAACGUACAGCUGACAAUAGUUAAUGUGAGCAGGAAAGACAACGGAGCCUACCAGUGUGUGGCAAGCAACGAGAUUGGAAGUGCUACCUCCAAUGCUGCCAAAGUAAAUGUUCAAUGUGAGUACAAGUGUGGUUUACGAGCGGUUGCGAAAUGUCAAUUUACUGAAAAGAUAUGUUUGGCCUGAGAAGCGUGUAUAUAGUUAACCUUCAAGGGUAGUUAACCUGUUUUGAAAAUCUUUCUUAACUAUUACUCUAUUGUCGCACAGCAGAGUUCUUCCAAAUCGAAUAAGCAGCUGAUUUUCAUGAGGAUCACUUACUCUCAUUUUGCAUGAUGCCUAGUUUCCCAGAAGUUGUGGUGCUGUACAUGCAUUUCAGGGUUAUGGAUUCGAGUCUUCUUUACGGCCAAUUUUUUUGCAACCGCCGACUUAAGCUUAGUAAAUGGCAAAGGGUGUUACUUUAUCGGAAGGAAAUAAUCCUUGAAAAGCAGAAUUGUAACCUAUUUGUUGUUUUGUUUGUUGAGAAAAAUUCAAUCGCUGUUGUUGAUGAUUGCAGACGUGUUUAUAUAGGCGUUGAUAUUUUGAGUGCUAAAAUAAAAAGGUUGAUUUGUUUUGGUCGCUUAGCUUUUAUUCAAAUCACAGCUGCAUGGUUAUUAAAGGACACAGUCCUUCAUUUGAAGCAGGAAGUGGUGCAAUAUUUUGUGAAAUACGUUUGAUAUUGCUUCGAAUUGCAAUUCUAAUGUGUGUUUAUUCAUUUUUUUAUGUUUUUUAAUAUAUCAGUUGGGCCUGAAAUCUCCGAACCUCCAAUUGAUACCACGAAAAUAGAAGGACAAACUGUUGUAUUAAGUUGCUUGGUGGCUGGAUACCCUACGCCUGCUGUUGCUUGGACAAAGAAUGACGUCGAAUUGAAUUCAAUAGCAAAUUUACGAUUGAAUGUCUCUUCCAAGAACGGAAAUCACACUUUGAAAAUAACAGAUGUUCAAAAAUCGGAUGCAGGACAAUACAGAUGUGUCGCUAAUAACAGUUUGCAGACUUCUAAGUCAUCUCCUUCGACUCUUACAGUUCAAUGUGAGUUUAAAAGUAUAUUCGAAGCAUUGCAUUACUGAAUGUUUAAUUGUGUCUUCAGCGUUGUUGUCCUCAAAUACCAUAGAUACAGGUUUUUGUAAAGCCAGUCAACCUUUGGUGGUACAUUACUAAGGAUUUUAAAACGGACCAAAAUAAGUUGACAUCUGAGUUUUGGAUGGCGAUUCUGUAAAGAUAUGUGUUGAGCAUUAAAGGAAACAUAUUUUUACAGCAUCGUCAAAUUCACCUUCCAGCUCUGAUAUCCUCCUUUCCUCCUUCUCAGUUCAUCUGUUUAUAAAGGACGUAGCUAAAUUACCGUUAUUCCGUAUUUAACUCUAACUGUAAAAAUUAAACAAAAAUGAUUUUAUAAAAUUUUAUUAAAUUUCAGUUGCACCAGAGGUGACAAUUCACGGAGAUCAAAUACAUUAUGUAGCCAACAGCACAGAUUUACAGCUCACAUGCAGGUUUAACGCCUUGCCUCCCGCGUCUGAAGUGCAGUGGCUAAAUAAUGGGAAUGUGAUUGCAUCAACCCUCCCCGUUCCCUCAAAUGGGUCAAGAGCGACUAUUCCGCAUCAUAAUGAAAGCCAAGCUCAGUUGUUGAUCACCACAGUUUCCUUAGAAGAUGCUGGAAAUUAUACUUGUAAUGUCACUAAUGUUGUUGGUAGUUCCUCGAAUUGGACAUUGAUUAUUGUUCAAGGUAUGCUCCGUUAUGAAUAAACACAAAAAUACAAUUUCCCAAAGCAAUCACUCGGCGUUAGUUAUCUCAUUUAGGAUAAAAAAAAUCAGCUACCGAAGAGAUUUUUAGUUUGUUUGUUUGUUUGCCUCCUGGUCGUUAAGGACCAAGACGAGGAGCUCGAUCUUUAUGGUCACGAAACCUUUUAGUCGUGUAAAAAUCAUAUUCUUUUGUAACCCCUCUACUUCAAUUUGACUCAGAAAAUAGCAUAUAUGGAGUCUUUGUGGCAAACACUUUGUAAAAUGUCGCACUGAUGUUAAAAUAGUGGCAUCUUUAUUAUUGGUUUAUUCUCCUGCGAAAAGAUAAUAGUGUUUUACAUUCCUACAUUUUAGACCCCAACUAGUUCUUAGUUGUGCUCAAGAACACAUAUUUAAACUGUUUGGAUACGGAAAAAAACGAAUGAUAGACAAAUUUCAUAAGUUUAAAAUACUUUCUUGCAUUUCUACAGUGACGCCUGCUAUCGAGACGCACCCACAAGCUGAUCCGGUCAAAGAAGGAGAGAACUUGACUUUCUUUUGCAACGCUACUGGAAGCUCUUUGACAAUAUCAUGGACGAAAAAUAGAUCUUCUAUAAAUCCAAAUGAAGACGUACGGAUCCGUUUGUCAACAGACAAAGAGCAUUUGACAAUAAGGAAUGUGAGCAGGAAAGACAACGGAGCAUACCGGUGUGUGGCGAGCAACAAGGUUGGAAAUGCUACCUCCAACGCUGCCAUAGUGACUGUCCGAUGUGAGUUCAACUAUGGUUUACGACACGACUAAAAAAUAUGGAUCGAUCAAAAUAUAAAUAGUUGUAUACUUAAAAUUCAUCGUUGGUAAAGAAUAUUUAGGAAAGUCGGUUUCAUUUGCUUUCUUAUGUGAUACAGCGCUCUAACCACCAUGUCGCACUACAUUUAGUAAAUUAUGUUUGAUUUUGUAGGAAACAAUUUAUUUUUCAUUAUUUGUAUUGAUAGUUGCCCCUGAAAUCUCCCAAUCUCCAAGGGAUACCACGGAAGCGGAAGGACAAACUGCUGUGUUCAAUUGCGUAGUAGCAGGGUACCCUACACCCGAUGUUGCUUGGGAAAAAAAUGGAGUGGAAUUGAAUGUGGCUGAACAUGCGCGACUUAGAGUCUCUUCCAAUAAUGGAAACCACCGAUUGAUCAUAUCAAAUGUUCAACAAUCGGAUGCAGGACAAUACAAAUGUGUUGCUAAUAACAGUUUGGAUACUGUGACUUCAUCUUCAGCAACCCUAACAGUACAUUGUAAGUCUAACAGAAUUUUUACUGUUAAACGUGCGAGUGUGGAAUAUUCUUUUAUUUGGUUUGUUGGUUGGUUUUUUUUUUUUUCUAAUUGUUGUCCAUAAGUAAUUCAGGUUAUUAUUUUUACAAACCCUACAAAUCUUUGUGGUUUGGGAAUUUGCUCUGGAUUUGUCUUUAACUACUCAGUUGCUUAAUUUAAAAAGUUAUUUUGUACUUCGAUGGAUGAAUGUAUAUGUUGGCCACUGGCGCCAAUACAUCAAUAUUAUCCACUGAACUUUUACUCUGUAAUUGACAUAUUUUCUCUCUUUGCUGCUCCAUUUCUUGUUCUUGUUCCUUCAUAAACCUUUCAGUCCACAUGUAUAUUAUUUUCACAAAUUCGGCAUUAUCCAGAAAACCUCUUAUUAGAAUUUGCAGACUCAUAACUUCUAGUGUAUGAUUUUCAUAUGAUACCAAUUAUGCUCGGAAAGUUAUAUCAUCUAUACACAUAAGAUAAAAAAUAAAUAAAUAAAAGCCCAUGAUGAUGAUACAAUUACAAUCAUUAAAUUACAUUUUAGUUGAUCCAGAAGUUACAAUUGAUGGUGAUAAAGAGAAGAUUGUGGCUAAGGGCGACGAUAUCAAGGUAACAUGUCGGCACAAGGCCCUACCGCCUGUGACUGAGGUACAAUGGAUAAAAGAUGGAGAGGUGAUUUCAACAAACUCCACGAAAGUGAUCAACAACUCCCGAUUGAAUAUUCUGCACUUCAAUGAAAGCCUCAUACAGUUGUCGAUCACCACAGCUAUCGUGGCUGAUAGUGGGAAUUACACUUGCAAUGUCACAAAUAUGGUUAACAGUUCAUCAGACUUGACAUCUAUCAUUGUCGAAGGUGUGUAAGAGCUGUUGACAAAUUCUCAUUAACCCGUGUUUUAGGGUAGGACAGCCAUAAGCUGGGAUUUAUCCACACAGACGUCAUAGAAAUGAACACAGUUUUUAAGGUCUAAUUAAAAGAAAUGUGAGAUCACCGGAUACCGAGAGCAAGAUUUCGCACGAGGCUCCAGGGCUGUCUAUAAAGUGCAUAUUAAAGAGAUAGGCAGCUGUGUACGCAGGUGUGCGCAGGAAUUCCGAGUUACUUUAUUGGUAACGGGGACUUCUUGAUGUGUGCUGGGACAUCCCAAUUUUUAAUGAGAUAGAUGAUAAGCUACUCUCAGAGACGGUUACAACCUACUGGAAUUACCAAUAAUCAUUGCCUGUAACCGUUUCCGUUGCCCAUAAACUUUUAAACAUUUUUAAGAUGAAGGAUGUUUUUUUUCUUCUAUUCUGUGUGACAAAUUGUAAUUUGUCCCAGCACCGGGGCAUGGGUGAAUAUACAUAAUGUACACCUCAGAUAAGUAAAAUAUUUUACUUUAGGUUUGAUCAGAGCAGAAAUGUUACUAUUUCUUUUAAUUUUUCCAGGGUUGCAUAAUCUUAAAGCACCUCGUGACUUCCUACGAAGUCUAUGAGAAAUUUCUUCAAUGAUUAAUGUAGCGGAAAUGCAGACUGUUUACAACAUUGAAAACAUAGUGGAGUGCUUCAGACUUAGUUUCUUUUCUGUUUUCCCCAAUACAGUAAAGCCUUCCAUCCUUACUCAGCCAAAAAGUGCUGCCCCUGAAGAAGGAGACACCGUCAAGUUGUAUUGCAACGCUACAGGAAGCCCUAUACUGCACAUAUCCUGGACGUUUGAUGGAUCUGUCAUAACAGCAAACGAGAACUCCAGGAUCAGUUUGUCCAACGACUCUCAAGAAUUGACAAUAACAAAUGUGAAAAGAGGAGACAGUGGAGAUUACCGAUGUUUGGUGAAAAACAGGGUCGGAAAUGACACUUCUGACCCCUCUGUGAUAAACGUACUUUGUAAGUACGGAAUAAGUUUGCUUUUCUAGGUCAUGAAAUCGUACUAUAGUCGAGCUAUACCCAAUCUCAAAGACCUAAAUUUUUUUAGCGUUAUCGAUAAGGUAUAGACCAACUUCGGGUCAAGAGAAAUGUAGAUGAACGAAAAAAAUUAAAUAAAUAAACAGAAUUGAGUGUAAUAGAAAUUUCCGGAUUGUGUUACAACAUUCUAAAAUAGGGGUCCAAACAGUCUCUCGUAAUCCUAGAGAUGGAAAGACAAUUACCUGCAUUACCUUUUACAAAUCAGAUACGUUGCCUUUAGAAGCCAGAUAGGGCCUGAUUCUGUUUGAGUGAACGACAAGCUGUUUCUAGUUUACCCAUUAAAUAAGAUAGAUCUCUUAAAUAAGAUAACUCUCUCAGGAAUGAAUGAACGAACUGGCAGAAGAAGAGAGUGGGUUUUUCUAGAAAUUUUUCGGAAUUCUCUUGCUUAAAGGAACGUUUAGCGAUUUAUUUGUCACAAAAAAAAAGGAAUGAAAAAAUCAUUCGACCGAUUGUAGAACUGCUUAAGGUUAUGCUUCUGGUUUAUUUAUCUAUUCAUUUUCAUUAUCAUUUUUUUUUUUUUACAGAUCAGCCUGAAAUUAUUACGCAUCCUAAGAAUGUUACACUAGAAGAAGGACUCACCAUGACCUUAUUUUGUAACGCGACCGGAAAUCCACCACCAACACUAUCAUGGACCAAAGAUGGAUCUCCUAUAAAUAACAAUCAAGGGAUCCCUUUUUCAAGAGACAACAAGACACUGUUUAUAGCGAGUAUUAAUAGAUCGGAAAGCGGAAAUUACAGAUGUGUUGCCAGGAACGGUCUCGGAAAUUAUUCCUCAAAUCCUGCAAAAGUCGACGUACAGUGUAAGUGCUCCAGUAAUUCUUUUCUGUCUUUUUCCUAAUUUGGAAGGAGAAAUUCUGUACAGUUGAUAGGGUUAAAAAGGUAUUUGGCACAAAUGAAUGUGAAGGGGGAAGUAGCGAUGGGUUCCUAGGAGUUGAAAACAACGACCUCAGGAAUCACCUUUCAAAUCUUAAACUGAGUUAAUGUCAAGUAUAAAUCAGACAUUUUUUUUUUCACCACAAACGUUUACCUACGAACACUAACACAAUUUAUGAUAUCAUUGGUGUCGCAACUUGUGCAAAAGAAACGAAAUGUUUGGGGCCGAAAGUUGAAUGUGCGCCCAGUAUUCACAAACAGAUAUCUGGCUUGUUAUUUCAAUUCCCUGUUGCGUAAUUUUUUCCUUUUCUUCAAGAAAUCUCGUUCGGUCCCGUAUUUGGGUAAUUUUCGGCAGUUUCGUGGUGAGAAGGCAGAUUGUUGUGCUAUCAAUCUUGUCAGCUUCAUCUGAAUGUCGACAAGGACGCCAUAGAUGUUAGAACUUUUCGUUAAACAUCGCUCAUUAUCACCGAUGACAUAGCAUUCCUGGAUCUUGGCAGAAAUAACAAAUUAUGUUUUCUCAUUUAUCGUUAGUUAGAUGAUGAAAUAUAUACAAGAUAAGCAUAAAAAUAAAAAUAAGAAGAAUUGAAAUAAUCCUAUAGUCUUUCACACUGGUUAAGAUUCAUGCUUUGACAAUCCAAAGAAACAACAAAAAAAUGACGAGGACUUUGAUAUAUACAAAGAAAUAAGCCGGUAGCUUUUGAAAUUCAUUUAUUUGAGUUAACAGAAUGUAACACUUCUCUUUUUAAAUUCCAAGUUGCACCUGAAAUCGUGGAAAAUCCAAAGGAUGUCACCAUGGUUGAGGGAGAACAUGUUGUGUUUAGUUGUAUGGUAGAUGGAAAUCCUUCACCAGGAGUUACUUGGACGAAGAACGAGGAAAAACUGAACAUAACAGUAAAUCAACGACUAACAGCGUCGUCACUGAACAACAAGCACAAUUUGAUAAUCACAGAUGUUCAUCGAUCGGAUUCGGGACAAUACAGAUGUGUGAUUAUUAAUAGUGUUGGCAACAUAACAUCAUCUCCAGGAGAUCUAAAUGUACAAUGUAAGUAACUCACAAAAUUUAUUUGACUGUAAGAUUAUUUUCAAUAUUUCAUAAUCUUAGCAUAGGUGACAACACAAAGAGAUCUCUUUGUGUCUAUAUUUAUCAAAUAAAUAGCCUCGACUGUGCUAUGUGCUUUUGCAAAGCACACAGGAGGCGGUUAGAGCACUAAAGAAGUGUAGGGGGAAACAGGAGACGUAAUUGAGUCUUUCCCUUUCCAGAAGAGCCGUAAGUUAUGUGCCUUUGAACAGACACACAGACAAGAGAGUAGAUUUUCAUUGAGAAAACAGAUGGGAGUACAGGUUUAAAUGUGAUGCGUACUUUUGAUCAAGCUCAAAGUUAAUAUGCGAUGGGUGGGUUUUUUCGAAAAAGGCAAGGUAUGGAAUACCGUCUGUAAUCUGUUUUGACGGAAAGAAAGAAAAGCGAUCUAAUAUGAAUAAGUGAACUGAAACAAGACGAAAUGAAAUGAAAAUAAAACUUAUGAAAUGUGUAAGCCUGAAGGGAAAACGUGAGGUACCUGAUAAAACUACUUGAACACAAAACCUUCUCUUUCCCACGAGCACAUACUACAAACCAUACAUAUCAACUAUCGCCGCAGUCGAAGAACUGUUGUAAGAUAGGUACUUUUGAAUUCUGUUGUAAAUGUUAGUUUUGAUCUUAAAGCCGUUCUAUUUUGAUUGUUCUGAGUACUCGUAUCGAGAUAAGAAACCAGUUUUCACUAGAAUUUGAUGAUUCAUUUAACAUCAAUCACCGAAAAAUUCAUAUCUUUCUUUUGCUACUCUAAACUACAUGCCAUCUUUUGUCCUUGUGGGAUUUGAUUCUUUUUAGGGCGUUCACACUUCCUCCGUAGCACUGGAAAAACGCGAGGUAGCCGUUUUGAAAUUAAGCGCUCCUGCUAUAAUCACCUUGCGCGAGGUCAUUUUAGCGAGAUAUGACGCAAUCCUCGACCAAUCAGGGCGCGCACAUCUCUAUAAUGGCCGUAGCAAUUAUACACUAUAAAUAUGCGUUAGUGACGUAACCUUAACCAAUACCGCGCGGGUAGGACAGAAAAAAAAAAAAACUAUAUAGGAUGUUUUUCACUAUACUGAGUGAGAUUUGAAAUUUUCCCUUUCAAAGCUGUGAUGCUUGAAAUACUGUUUAAAGAGGAUGUGACGGAUCAGUUUUUUUAAAAUUUGUGCUUGAAACGGGAUCAGCAACCCUCCCCCACACCCCUCCCUCCUCAAAUAGGUGUCCAUGUAAGAUAUGGCUUUACUCAGAUGCUCAUUUUUAAUAAGUACAGGCUACUUUGUGAAAAGUGUUCUUUGUUUGUUUAUUUGUUUAUAUUGCCACUAACUUUACUCCCCUUGUUAUUUUGCUGUUUGUAAUUAAACAACUGCACAUGGGAUCAUUUCACUCACACAAAUUGGACUGAAAAUUCAAGAAAACAAAAUGCAUGUAUGUGUCAGUGGACCCAUUAUGCAUUGCACACUUAUACAAGUUCACGACAUAUACGGAAGGCCACUGAAAGACAAACGUGUGAUGUGCUCGAAAUUCAAGAUAGGUUAUUAAAAUGAGAGUAGGCUAGAAAGCCCUUCAAAUUUCUCUUGUUAGUUAAACCAUAAACACUGCAGGCCUCUGCAAGAAGGUUAUGGAUGUAUUUGAUGUUUCCAGUUGAGUUAAAGACCAAAACAACAAUCAGACUAAACUGCCUUUUUUUCUAGUUCCACCUGAAUUUAUCAGCAGCCCGCAGAAUGUGACAGUAAUAGAAGAGCAAAAUGUUAACUUAACUCUGGAUUGCACAGUUUAUGGAAAUCCUACGCCAGAUGUGAAAUGGACAAAAGAUGGACAUGAUCUAUCAGAAAAUCAAAGGAUUAAUGUUUCUGAUUUUAAGGGAAACACUUCAAGUUUGACAAUUACCAAGAUUGUGCGAGGAGAUGAAGGCCAAUAUAGAUGUGUGGCAAAUAACAGUGUGAAUACCACUACUUCAGCCCCAGGAAAACUGAUAGUCAACUGUGAGUAUUAUUUCUGACUGCAAUUUAUGAGAUAUAUAGUGUCAAAGCACUCUUGCUAGUAUUGGUUGGGUGGAACCUGCAGAAAGUCAGCACACCAGGUACCUGAGACCCUUAUACAUGUAAGUAUCUGCUGAGAGGACACCCAGAGGAACUCGUAAUGUCUGUUUGGUAUUGUUUAGAGUGUUUGCUUAAUCAUUUAUCUCCAAGAAGUGAUUAACAUUUAACUUCUCCCUGUAGUAUGAAUAUGUUAUUCAACAAAUAGGUGUAAGAGAAUACCAAUGUAGGCCCCGGUUGUUCAGUGGUUGGAUAACGUUAUCCACUCCGUUGGAAAGUGUUAUCCACUCUUUGAACGACUGGGCCCAGAAGUUUUUAUCUUGAUCUAGAACCAAAUUCUCGCAAGCACAUGUAAUUUACAAGGAACUUUGUAACAGCUAAAGAGAAGAAUUUAAAAAAAGGACAGAUAUUUGGAUUUAAAAGUUAAUGCAGGUUCUAAGUGCACAUAUACUCAGCAAAGGUUUUAGUACUGUUCUGUCAUCUGCCAUUAACGUAUAUUUUGGGUGUGUCACUAAACAUUUUUAGCAUACAUGUACCAGUUUGGUAAAACCUGCACAAAGGAAAUAUUUGCAAAUAAUGGGCAACAUCUCUUGCGAAGAAUGCAUCCAAGGAGUUGAGAACAAGGAUCAAAACUAGAAUUCCACUUUGAUACGUUUUGGAACCCUCUGUGACAAAUUGAUGUUUCAUGAGCCAAUCUGAUGCCAGCAUUAUGCAAGACUGUGAUAACUAACUUGAACAAUCCUUAUGAUUACAGUUAGAGCAGAUGUCAAAAUAAGUGGCAGUGAACCAAAGUUUGUUGAAAUAAACAAACAGAUCCAUCUGACUUGCCAGUACAAUGCUUCGCCGCCGGUGUCGGAAGUACAAUGGGUUAAAGAUGGAAAUGUGAUUGCUCGAAAUGGUAGUGGUAUUGGUAAUGGAUCGGUGAAUGUAACACAGUUCACUGAAAGUCAAUCUCAGCUGCUAAUUUCAUCAAGUACUACACACGAUGAGGGAAAUUACACUUGCUUCGUAACAAAUACUGUUGGCAAUUCCUCAGAUACAACGUCAGUCCUUAUACAAGGUAUGUUUUUCUGAAUGAUGCACGGUAUAUUGAUAUUUUGUACUAUUGUUUGAUCUCAUCACUUUGAGCAAUGUACAGUUAGCAGAUGCUCUUCUCUGUUGGGCUGUUUUUUAGAGUCUACUGUAGUUAAUGGCUUCCUCAUUGACUUUGUUAACUUAUUUUAAAACUGGGUUCCAUUUUGUAAAAGUUUAAUUUUUUUUAAGAAACACCUUUACACCCUAACAUCAGUUUGCAUAUUUUCCAUACUGUUCACUGUACGUUUUCUCAGGUGCUGAAAAUGUUGCACUGAUAUUAAAAUAGUGGCAUCGUCAUUAUUGGUUUACUCUCCCGCGAGAAGAUAGAGUGCUUUACAUUCCUACAUUUUGGACUUCAACUGGUGCUUAGUUAUGUGCGUGGGAACCUGCUCGAGAACACCUAUGUAAACUGUUUGGACACGAAAUAUAAAGAAUAAUAGGUAAACUUUUUAAGUAGAAAAUACUUGUUUGCAUUUCUACAGUGACGCCAGCUAUCGACACGCACCCAAAAGCUGAUCCGGUCAAAGAAGGAGAGAACUUGACUCUCUUUUGCAACGCUACUGGAAGCUCUUUGACAAUAUCAUGGACAAAAACUGGAUCUUCUAUAAAUCCAAAUGAGGAUGCACGGAUCCGUUUGUCAGCAGACAACGAGCAGCUGACAAUAACGAACGUGAGUAGGACAGACAACGGGGCAUACCGGUGUGUGGCGAGCAACAAGGUUGGAAAUGCUGUCUCCAAUGCCACCACAGUCACUGCUCGAUGUGAGUUUAACUAUGGUUUACGACACGACUAAAAUAUAAAUCGUUGUAUAUUUAACAUUCAUCUUUGACAAAAAAAUGUUAGGAAAGUCAGUGUCAUUUGCUUCCUUUUUCGAUGUAGUGCUCUAACCAACAUGUCGCACUACAUCUUGUAAAUUAUGUUUGAUUCUGUAGAGACUCAUAAUUUCUUUUUCGUUAUUUAUAUUGAUAGUUGCCCCUGAAAUCUCCAAAUCUCCAGUUGAUGCCACGAGAGUGGAAGGACAAACUGUUAUGUUCAAUUGUGUAGUGGCAGGAUACCCUACACCUGAUGUUGCUUGGACAAAGAAUGAAGCGGAAUUGAAUGUGGCUGCAGAUGCGCGACUUAGAGUCUCUUCCAAUGAUGGAAACCACCAAUUGACAAUAUCAAAUGUUCAACAAUCGAAUGCAGGACAAUACAGAUGUGUGGCUAAUAACAGUUUGGAUACUGUGACUUCAUUUUCAGCGACCCUAACAGUGCAUUGUGAGUCUAAGAGUAAUUCCUCUAUGAAACGUGCGAGUGUUGAAUAUUCUUUUUUUUGUUUUGUUUUGUUUUCUUUAUUUUUUUCGGUGUUUGUAUUUUUUCUCCAUAAGUAAUUAAGAUCAUUCGUUUUAGAGACGCUACCAAUUUUCAAGAUAUGCAUACGAAUUUGCUCUGGAUUUGAAUGUAACUGCUAAGUAGCUUGAUUUAAAAUGUUAUUUAGUACUUCGAUGGAUGAAUGUAUAUGUUGGCCACUGGCGCUAAUACGUCGAUAUUAUCCAUUACAAUUUUACUCUACAAUUGAUAUCUGUUCUCUCUAUGCCGCUCCAUUUCUUGUUCUUGUUCCUUCAUAAACCUUUCAGUCCAUAUUUAAGUUAUUUUCACAAAUUCAGCACUAUCAGGGAAACCUGUCAUAAGAGUUUGCAGACUCACAACUAGUCUAGGAUUUUUAUAUGAUACCAAUUAUGCUUGAAAAGUUAUAUCAUUUAUACACAUAGCAUAAUAAAUAAAUAAAUAAAUAAAAGCACAUGAUUACGAUACAAUUAUAAUUAUUAAAUCAUACUCUAGUUGAUCCAGAAGUUACAAUCGAUGGUGGUAAAGAGAAGAUUGUGGCUAAGGGCGACGAUAUCAAGAUAACAUGUCGGCACAAGGCGCUACCGCCUGUGAUUGAGGUGCAGUGGAUAAAAGAUGGAGAGGUGAUUUCAACAAACUCCACGAAAGUGAUAAACAACUCCCGAUUGGAUAUUCUGCACUUCAAUGAGAGCAUCAUACAGUUGUCGCUCAGUGCAGCUAUCGUGGCUGAUAGUGGGAAUUACACUUGCAAUGUCACAAAUAUGGUUGAUAGUUCAUCAGACUCGACAUCUAUCAUUGUGGAAGGUGUGUAAGAGCUGUUGGCAAAUUCGUAUUUACCCGUAUUUUAGGGUGAGACAGCAAUAAGCUGAGAUUUCUCUUUACAGACUUCAAAGAGUGAAUGAGUUAAAUGUGAAAUCUCCGGAUCGCGAAAGCAAGAUUUCGCAUGAAGUUCACGAGCUGUUUAGAAAGUGCAUAUGUAGAAGAUGAACAGCAGCUGCUCUAUUUGUUUAUCUUUAAAUAUUUGCUGUAUACGCAUAGUAUUAAAGCAACCCGAGACUUUCUUAUGAAGUCUAUGAAACAUUUCGUUUAACGAUUUGUUUAGCGGAAAUAUAGACUGAUUACAACACUGAAAAAAUAAUGGGUGCUUUAGACUUUUUUUUUUCUGUUUCUCCCUAUACAGUAAAGCCUUCCAUCAUUACUCAGCCAAAAAGUACUGCCCCUCAAGAAGGAGACACCGUCAAGUUGUAUUGCAACGCUACAGGAAGCCCUAUACUGCACAUAUCCUGGACGUUUGAUGGAUCUGUUAUUAAAGUAAAUAAGAACCCCAGGAUAAGUUUAUCCAAUGACUCUCAAGAAUUGACGAUAACAAAUGUGAACAGAGGAGACAGUGGAGAUUACCGAUGUUUAGUGAAAAACAGGGUCGGAAAUGACACUUCUGACCCCUCUGUAAUAAACGUGCUAUGUAAGUACAGAAUUAGCUUGCUUUUCUAAGUCAUGAGAGAACGAACUUUUGAGCAGUAUCAGUAAGGUAUAAGCCAACUUAAGAUCGAGAGAAAUGUAGUUGAACUAAAUUCUUAUGUGUGUGUGUGUGUGUAUAUUUGUACGUAUAUAUACAUAUAUAUAUAUAUAUAUAUACACAGUAUUGCGCGUAAUGGAAGUUUCCAGGUUGUUUACAAUAUUCUAAUAUAUGGGUCCAAACAGUUUUUCAUUUAUCAAAAGUGUUUGGACGAAAAGAGUGGGUUUUUUCUGGACACUCUUUGUAAUUCUCUUGCUUAAAAUAACGUAUAACGAUUUAUUUGUCACAAAAAGAGAAAAGAAUAAAAAAUUCUUGGAUCGAUCCUAGAAUUGCUUAAGUUUGUGCUUCUGGUUUAUUUAUCUGUUCAUAUUUUUCUGUUUACAGAUCAACCUGAAAUUAUUACGCAUCCUAAGAACGUUACAUCAGAAGAAGGACUCCUCAUGACCUUAUUUUGUAACGCGACCGGAAAUCCACCACCAACACUAUCAUGGACCAAAGAUGGAUCUCCUUUAACUAACACUCAAGGGAUAAUUUUGUCAGGAGACAACGAGACACUGUAUAUAGCGAAAGUGAACAGAUCAGAAAGCGGAAAUUACAGAUGUGUUGCCAGGAACAGCCUUGGAGAUGAUAUCUCAAAUGCUGCAAAAGUCGUCGUACAGUGUAAGUGAUCCAUCAAUAUUUUCUGUUUUGCCUAAUUUGAAGGAGAAAUUCUGGUCAUAGUUAAAAGGUGUUAAAAGGUAUUUUGUGUGGAGAGGGGGGGGGGGUAGCUAUGUCAAAUAUAAAUCAGACAUGUUGAACACAAUAUUUAUCUUCAUGUUUCGAAUUUUCACAAAAAUUUUGCAAACUUUAAAAAUGGAAAAGAGUUGUUUAGGACCGAAAGUUGAAUGUUCGUGCACAGUAUUCACAAACAAAUAUCUGGCUUGUUAUUUCAGUUCUCUGUCACGUAAUUUUUUCCCCCUUCCUUCAAGAAAUCUCAUAAAAAUCGCUCAUUAUCACUGAUGAGAUAGCAUUCCUAGGUCUUAGCAGAAAUUACAAAUCAUUUUUUUUAUGAUUUAUCUUUAGUUAGAAGAUGAAUUAGACACUCAGCGACGAGCAUAAAGACCGAAAAAAAAAGGAAGAAGGAGAAUUAAAAUAACGCAAUAGUCUUUGACAUCAGUGAAAAUUUAUGUUUUGACAAAUCUAAAAAGCAAAAAACAAUAACAAAAAAUUACAAGAUCUUUGAGAUAUGCAAAGGAAUAAGCCGGUAGCUUUUAAAAUUUACAGAUUUGAGUUGACAGAGCCUAACGCUUCUGUUUUUUUUAAUCUAAGUUGCACCUGAAAUUGUGGAAAAUCCAGAGGAUGCCACCAUAGUUGAGGGAGAAGAUGUUGUGUUUAGUUGCAUGGUAGAUGGAAAUCCUUCACCAAGAUUUACUUGGACGAAGAAUGAGGAAAACCUGAAUAUAACAGCAAAUCUACGACUAACAACGUCGUCACUGAACAACAAUCACAGUUUGACAAUCACAGAUGUUCAUCGAUCGGAUUCGGGACAAUACAGAUGUGUGAUUAUUAAUAGUGUUGCCAACUUAACAUCAUCUGCGGGGAAUCUUAAUGUACAAUGUAAGUAACUUAUAAAAAUUUCUUUGACAGUAAAAUGAUAUGAAAAUCAUCAAAAACUACUUGAACACAAAACCUCCUUUUUCCCAAGAGCACAUGCUACAAAUCAUACAUAAUAAUUAUCGUCGUUGGCGAAUAAUUGUUUUAGUAUAAUUUUUCAGGUGCUUUCGAAUUCUGUUGUAAAUAUCAGUUUUGAUGUUAAAGCCAUUCACAAAUUGAACUGAAAAUUCUAGAAAACAAAAUGUAUGUAUGUGUUAGUCGACUGAACUCCAGAAAACAGCCAUUUUUUUUAAUGUAUUUUUUUGGCAUUUUACAAAACAUUACUCUACUUACAAUACACUACAGAACUCAGUUACAAUAUGUCACUUACAAUAAUCCACUGAGGACACACCACGAACAAAGUAUAGUUUACAAUAAACUUGAUUACAGUAGAUGACUUACCUUCGAUUACUUACACUACCUACACAAUGCUCUAAAUUUACAUUAUUUUAUGACAGAAAACACCCAUACCCAUUAUGCAUUGCACACUAAUACGAGUUCAUUACAUAUACAGAAGGUCACCCCUAGAUUGUGGAUCGAUCUUCCGGGCUCUAUCAGAAACACCCAAUCUUUAAACAAGUUUAAGAACGCUAUUAAGACUUUUUUAUUUGCAAAAGCUUUUGAUUUCUUUGUAUCUAAUUUUAUAUUUUUGCAUCUUCACAGUGACCAUUUUUUUUUUUUAGUUUUUAGUAACUAUCAGGGUUGUAUUUUUAACUUUUAAUUCUAAUGCGAAUUUGAAAAUUCUCAUAUUGAUAAUUGCGCGACAUGAGUCUAUAACUUAUUACUAAAUUAUUAUUAUAAGGUCACUGAAAGACAAAUGUUUGAUGUGCUUGAAAUUCAAGAUAGGUUAUUAAAAUGAUAAUAGGCUGGAAAGCACUUCAAAUUUUUCUUGCUAAUUAAACCAUAAACAGUGUAGGCCUCUGAAAGAGGGUUAUGGAUGUAAUUGAUGUUGCCAGUACAAGGAAGGCUAAAGACUAAAAAAGACUAAAAAAGACUAAAAAAGUAAGACUAAAGUAAGACUAAAGUAAGACUAAAAAAACACUCAGACUAAAUUGCAUUUUUUUCUAGUUCCACCUGAAUUUAUCAGUAGCCCACAGAAUGUGACAGUAAUAGAAGAGCAAAAUGUUAACUUAACUCUGGACUGUACAGUUUAUGGAAAUCCUACACCAGAUGUGAAAUGGACAAAAGAUGGAAUUGACAUAUCAGAAAAUCGAAGGAUUAGUGUUUCUGAUUUUAAGGGAAACACGUCAAGUUUGACAAUUACCAAUAUUGUGCGAGGGGAUGAAGGCCAAUAUAGAUGUGUGGCAAAUAACAGUGUAAAUAGUACCGUCUCAGCUCCAGGAAAACUGACAGUCAGCUGUGAGUAUUACUUUUCAGACUGCAGUAUAUGAGAUAUAUAUUAUUAUUGGUUGAGUGGAACCUGUAGUAAGUCAGCACAUCAGGUACUUGAGACCCUUAUACAUGUAAGAGUCUUCUCAGAAGACACCCAAAGAAACUUGUAGUGUUUGCUUGAUAUUGGUCACAGUGUCUGCUUAAUCCUUUACCUCCCAGGAGUGAUUAAUAUGUAACUUCUUCCUGUAGUAUGAAUAUGUUAUUCAACAAAUAGGUAUAAGACAACACCAAUACUUAUCAGGCAGGCCACGGUUGUUCAAAGGUUGGAUAACGUUACCCACUCAAUAAAUCGCUAUCUGGUGGUUUGGUAAAAUACGUUUCCCUGGCAGUUAUCCGCUGGAUAGUGAUUUAUCCGUUGGGAUAGUGUUCUCCACUCUUUGAACAACUGGGCCCAGAAGUUUUUAUCUUGAACUAGAACCAAAUUCUCUCAAUCGCAUGUAAUUUACAAGGAACUGUGCUGCAGCUAGAGAGAAGAAUUAAAAAAUAUAUAUAUAAAGGUUAAUGCAGGUUCUAAGUGCACAUGUACUCAGCAAAGGUUUUCUUGCUGUUCUAUCAUCAACACAUAAACGUUUAUUUUGGGUGUGUCGUGAAAACACUUUUAGUAUGCAUGUACUGUAGAAUGUAUCCAAGGAUUUGAGAACAAAGAUCAAAACUAGAAUUCCACUUUGAUAUGUUUUGGAACCCUCUGUGACAAAUUGAUGUUUCAUGAGCCAAUCUGAUGCUAGCAUAAUGCAAGACUGGCGUCAAACCACUUCUCUAUUUGCUUUGCAUUUCUUGCAUUAUAUGAGAUGCAUUUGAGAUAAAACAUUUGGAUGAUAUAGGUAGAUAAACUAAAGCGUGGUUUGAUUUGGUUUUUUUCCUUGGGGGCUCAUCAAUAUACACUUACAAACAACAAGUAAAAAUUUACAGGGAUACUACACACCAAAUUGUCUAAAAAUAUAACACAUAAUUCAUAGAAAUGUUUCAAAUAGAUGUACUAUACACGUUUGUGGUAACUAACUUGAACAAUCUUUAUGAUUACAGUUAGAGCAGAUGUCAAAAUAAGUGGCAGUGAACCAAAGUUUGUUGAAAUAAACAAACAAAUUCAUCUGACUUGCCAGUACAAUGCUUCGCCGCCGGUGUCGGAAGUACAAUGGGUUAAAGAUGGAAAUGUGAUUGCUCGAAAUGGUAGUGGUAUUGGUAAUGGAUCGGUGAAUGUAACACAGUUCACUGAAAGUCAAUCUCAGCUGCUAAUUUCAUCAAGUACUACACAUAAUGAGGGAAAUUACACUUGCUUCGUCACAAAUACUGUUGGCAAUUCCUCAGACACAACGUCAGUCCUUAUACAAGGUAUGUUUUCUGAAUGAUGCACCGUAUAUUGAUAUAUUGAUAUCUCAUCACUUUGAGUCAAGUACAGUAUGCAGAUACUCUUCUCUGUGGGGCUGUUGUUUAGAGUUUACUGGAGUUAAUGGAUUCUUCAUUAACUUUGUUAACUUAUAUUAAAACUGAUUCCAUUUUUUUUUUUUUGGAUAUUUUUUAUCCUUUGUAAAAGUUUUAAUUUUCUUUAAGAAACACAGUCCCAGGCUCAACUGUCUUUUACUCUUUACACCCUAACAUCUGUUAGCUUACUCUCCAUACUGUUCACUAUACAUUUUCUCAGGUGCUGACAAGAGAAUUUGUGUAACAAGCAAGAGCUUCUUCUUUCCUUUAUUCGUGAUCUUAAUGUGUCAUUAAGGUGUAACUUUGUUAGGAGGAAUUCGAUUCUAAUCACUCUUACAGGUUAAAGGGAUAAAGUCACCAUUUGGCAGCUUACACUUCUAAAUGUUUCUUCCCUCCCUCCCUCCCUCCCUCCCCCCUUCCCCCCUCCUUCCCCCUUCCCCCUCCCUCCCCCCUUCCCCCCCUUCCCCCUCCCUCCCCUUCCCCCCCCCCCCCUCCCUCCCCCUUCCCCUUCCCCCCCCCUCCCCCCUUCCCCCUUCCCCCCUCCCCCCCCUUCCCCUUCCCCUUCCCCCGCAAAAAGAAAGGUCAAUUGUUCCAACAGAAAGAGGAAAACCAAGAAUUAACCCAAUGUGGAAAGAAACAAAAAAUUACGAAAAAAAACAGCUGCACAUAAAUACACUAUAUCUAUGUGUCUCUCUAUUCUAUUUUAACCAUAAUUACACCAAAUAAUGUAGAUCUUCAACUAAGCCACAUUUGCUGUCAGUUAUUGGUAGUUUUGUUUUUUGUUCAUUUUCAAUGGUCUGUGGUAAUUGAGACUGCAACCGCUUGGAUAUGGGAAAGAUUCUCAUAAAACGUGGUCUUGCUUAUGUUUUGGGGUUAGAGGAGCCUAAAGACAGAACAUGCACAAGAUGACGGGAGCAGCAACGCAAAUUAUAUUGAUAAAAUCAUUCCAAAAGCUGAACAGUCGAUAUACAAAAAAACUCGAAAUAAUUAAGAAGAAUGAAUUUAUUUUCCUGUAUCAUUAAUGUGGAACUUGUCCAAUGUAGAACGAUUUUAAAACUCUUCAUCUAUUUGGUGAAAUUGCACAUUUUAAUGAGUAAUGAAGUAUUGUUUAAUUCCACAGUGGUGCCAGACCCACCGCAGACAUUGACAGUUGAUUCAAAGGGCUCACGGGUGGUGAAUAUCUCUUGGACAGCUGGUUUUGAUGGAAAUAGUGCCAUUGAGAACUUCACAGUGGAGAUCAGUGAAGAUAAUCAGAUCUUUAAGGGUGUUGUUUGUCAGGGAUCACUCUCAAGCAGUGCCUGUGUGGUGUCCAGUUUCUCCACAAAAACCUCUCUUACAGGUCUUCUUCCUUGGACGACAUAUAAUAUAAGAAUGUUUGCGACAAACACAAUUGGCCAAAGUAACAGUAGCCAUAUUCUGAAUGUUACCACAGAUGAAGAAGGUACAUGUAUGCUAUUUACUCUCUGUAUUUCUUCGCUGUGUACGGAAGGAACCACACCGAUAAUAGCUACCGGAGUAUUAUGACAGGGGAUAAGGGCGUGUAGACUUUUUAGAAAUUGUGGUAAUUACUUUAUGAGGGAUAUUGUAUGCCAUGUGUCACAAAUUUGUGGAGAAAACUUGUACAACAAUCUAAGUGUGUAUUAACUGCGAAAGUUUUCCAAGCAGUAGUGAGCAGGUGCUGGUUUAUGUACUUUUGUGCGGAAAUCAAGCAAACACAAUUUUGCUACAAUUUUCAUGUGUUAUAUAUUGACAUACUAAAAGAGUUGUAUGUAUGUAUAUAUAUAUACAUAUAUAUAUAUAUAUAUAUAUAUAUAUAUAUAUAUAUAUAUAUAUAUAUAUAUUUUAAUUCACUUUGCAGUGCCAAGGGAAGCUCCGACUUUUGAUGCGAUUAUUGUCAAUUCAACUGCAGUGAAUGUUUCCUGGCAGGUAAUUAUCAGACGUUACAUUUAUCUCCGAAUGAUUUUUUGUUGUUGUUGUUGUUGUUUUAGUAUUGACAUGUUUUAUUUAUUCCCUCCACAUUUUACAACAAGGAAGGGAGAGUUUCAAACCUGAAUUACUAGUUCACACAACUGUUUUGUUAAGUACAGUGUUAAAUGCGAUAAUUACAAGUAUGCUAAAUGAUGCGAAAGUACGUAUGAUAAGACGAAACUUUAAAUCUUGAAUACUUCGUUAGUUUUCGAAUAACCAUGCACGUGUUCGGCUCUCUGCGGGUUUAAAUUUGAAAUUGCGUAGACUUAGACAAGUAGACAAGUAGACAAGACUCUGCUCUUAAUUAACUUGGACAGCAGCUUACUUUUACAUGUCGGCGAUGUCAACAACGACAUUAUUUUCAGCUCCCUCCGUUAGAUUCUGUGUUGUUGUGUACCAUUUAACGUAUACAUGUCACGGAUGACGCGAUGUAGCUAGCAAGACCAUCGUUUAUACCCUUGCCUGUGGCUUCUGUGUCGCGUUUUUAGUUUACAGCUGUAAUUUCAUUUUAAUGACUUUUGAGAUCCACUUCAGACUAAGCGUAAGGAAACUCCGACUUAAUUUUAAUUUUAAAAAAAUUGAAUCAAUAAGUACAUGAACUGUUCAUGAUAGUAUAGUACAACAACUGGACGCCCUUAAGUAUGUGUAAAAAGUAUUUUAUUCAUCAAAUAAAUGCUUUUUUUUUAACUUUACAAAACCAGAUGCUAAGUAAAGACAAGGCUAGAGGUGCAAUCUUGGGCUAUUACGUUUUGCACCGGGUUAAAGACACUCCACCCUGGACAAAUGAAAGUGUUGAUAGAGCCGAAAAGACAUCACUUCUAGUAGGAUCACUAGAUGAACACACUACAUACGAGUUUGCCAUGCAGGCGUUUAACAGUAAAGGUGUCAGUAAUUUAAGUGCUUUGGUCGAAAAGACUACUGACCAGCAUAGUGAGUGUUACUUUUACUCAUGUUCAUCUUUUGUAUAUAAUUGUUUUUCGAACAUGACUUUUAUGGUUUGUACAAUCUCGGACAAUGAUUAUUUGCCGUAUAACUUACAGUAUAGUUCUUCUCGUGAGAUGUUUUUUCAUUACUGAACAUAUAACGAAUCGUAGAAGAGAUUAGUCACAACGGUAAUUGCAUUUGUUGUAUACCUGUUCUAACGACCCUACUGAUAGAGGUGUGCCUCAUGGUAAUUGGGUAUUAUCGAUUGAGUUGACAACGUAAACUGACCUCCCUAGAUAGUUCCAAAGCCAAUGUUUCGAGCGUUAUCCCUUCGUCAGUGCUCUGGCAUGGGGCUAAAACGUCAAAAAAAAGGUCGAAACGUAAGCUUUGAAAAUCUAUACAUGUUAUCAAUUAUAGCCUUAUCAACUCAGUUGAUAAGGCGAAAUUACCCUGUUAUACUCUCCCACCGACGCAGCACCACAGUUUCUUUAGAACGCUAUCCCCUUUAGUCGUUCUCUCCUCAGUUUGCUUCCCGUAAAAAGUUCAUCUACAAGACCUUGCGAUAAAUUUUCUUUGCUUUCAGAGCCUAGUGGGCCACCACAACCGGUCUCAACUAGUGAUGUGACAUCUACAAGUAUCAAUGUAUCCUGGGGUCCUGUCCCUGCUGAUGAUCGAAAUGGAAUCAUCCUAGGAUAUAAACUAAAUUAUCGAGCAUUACCAAAUCAGGGCAUCGUUACCGAAUUCCUUAAUAUCAGCAGUGAACAACAGGAUGAAGGAGGAACAAAGAUAUUACAGACUCUGGAUGAAUUUACCAACUACAGCGUGAGUGUGUUAGCGUUCACUAUAGUGGGAGAUGGACCCCCAAGCGUUGCCAAGUUUGUGCAAACACUGGAGGACAGUGAGUAAAACUAAUAUCUUUUCUAUUGCGUUACUCUAGGUAGAAUGCAAUAAAUUUUCCUAUGUAUAACAAUGUCCUAGAUCUCAAACUGUCAACUAACCUAUGUGAUGUAAACGAAAUUAGCUACCCUCUUACAAAACUUAAGUCGCGCAAGUCCCCCGGGUCUGAUCAGCUUUCAAUGCUUGUUCUGAAGAAAUGUGCAGUCAAGUUAGCGCCUUCUCUUUCAUUAUUAAACAAUUCCUUCGAUAUUGGCCAGGUGCCGUUGUCGUGGAAAAUAACCGUUAUUUCCUCUGUCCCCCUUUCUUUUUUCUUUCUUUCUGUUUUUUUUAAUAUAUAUGUAUAUGUAUAUUUAGGAAGUCUGCAAGUCGAUUUUCGCGUGGAACAGUGCUCAAUACGUUGAAGCAGAGCAGAAUAAAUAUUAUGACAGGAAAAAAGGACGCAACUACUUUUCCCGACAAGCCUGUUUCGUGAAUCGCUUCACUCUUCAGGGGUUUAAUGGGUUUUAAUGGGUUUUAAUGGGUUUUAAUGGGUUUUAUUAAACCCCUGAAGAGUGAGGCGAUUCACGAAACAGGCUUGUCGGGAAAUGUAGUUGCGUCCUUUUUUCCUCUCAUAAUAUUUAUAUGUAUAUUUAUAUAUGAGAAGAGGAAAUCCCUUCUGAUAAAAUAUUUGUAAUGAGGAAUCUACGCGCAAUAAGCUAUGUUUUUCUUACUUUUCCGAGUUUAUCUUCAGUUCUAUGCUGCUGUCCCAGCUUAUUCUGUUUUCAUCCUUUGCUCAGGGUUAUUGGGUAUUAUCAACUGAGUUAACAACGUAAAUUGACCUCCGUAAAGAGUUUCAAGGCUGAUGUUUCGCGCGUUAUUCCUUUGUCAGUGCUCUGAUAAGGGACUAACGCCGAAACGUCUUAAGCGUCAAAAGCGUCGAAACGUUAGCUGUGAAACUCUUCAUAUUGGCCAAUUUACGUUGACCAACUCAGUUGACGAUACCAAAUUACCCUGUGAAGUGUGAAGUGUGAAGUGUGUAUAGGAAGGCCUGCGUAAGCCCUAUGGCACGUUGUUGUGUAAGAAAAGAAUAUGAUUGGGUUUCUUCAAUUCAUUUAUGGUUUUUUCGGGCUUAAUUCGAUGUCGGUUCAGGGCCAUACCUCUGUAUUUCGACUUGUUAUCGAUUAGAACGUAAAAGCUUCGUCGUAAAACGCUCUCACAUGUGCAUAUUAUUUUAGUCUGAACAUAUCUAACCUAUCCUUUAGAGAAGAGUCGAAAGGUCAAAAUAUGCAAAAGAAAAGAAAAAAGAAAGAAAGACAAAACAUUAAAAUAAAGGUUGACGUGACCUGAGCACGAACAUAUUAAUUCCGAAUCCUUUGGGUGUUUUUUUUUUGUUUUUUUGUUUUUUUGUAUCAUAUAUCGAAAGUAAUGUACAGUUAAGCAGUUUCCGCAAACGUGUAACUUCUUAAGCUGGAACCUGUUUGACCACUCCUUUCGUAUACAAAGUCCGUUACAUAUGCUUAUGGUUCAUUUUAGAACCUUCUGCUGCUCCUUUGAAUGUGAGAGGACAUAACACAAGCUCAACCAGCAUCUUUGUAAUAUGGGAUGAUGUUCCGGCUGCUGAUAAAAAUGGUAUCAUUACGAGUUACAACAUCACUUAUCACUCACUGACACAGAAUCACAGUAACAGUACAACAGUGGAUUAUCCACAUCGUCAAGUGACUCUGAUGGGUCUGAGAGAGUUUGUUAACUACAGCAUCACAGUGUUUGCUUCCACGGUGAAAGGAAAUGGACCUGAAAGCGAUCCUGUUAUUAUCAGUACUGGCGAGGAUAGUGAGUAAUUUUGCUUUUGGAUUAAUGUUCCUCGUUACAUUUCGGAAAUGAGUUCUUAUGUGCUUACACAGUUAGGCCCAGCACCAGACCUAAUAUAGGCAGUGACUAUUUUUUUCUUUAUGGACAUAAGAAAAAAAGGUGGUAUCGAUUAUAUCGCUGUUUAAAACAGUUCUUACCUCCUUUAUAUCAGAACCAUCUGCUGCUCCUUUGAAUGUGAGAGGACAUAACACAAGCUCAACCAGCGUCUUUGUAACAUGGGAUGAUGUUCCGGCUGCUGAUCAAAAUGGUAUCAUUACGAGUUACAACAUCACUUAUCACUCACUGACAGAGAAUCACAGUAACAGCACAACAGUGGAUCAUCCAGAUCGCCAAGUUUCUCUGAUGGGUCUGAGAGAGUUUGUUAACUACAGCAUCACAGUGUUUGCUUCCACGGUGAAAGGAAAUGGACCUGAAAGCGAUCCUGUUAUUAUCAGUACUGGCGAGGAUAGUGAGUAAUUUUGCUUUUGGAUUAAUGUUCCUCGUUGCAUUUCAGAAAUCAGUUCUUAUGUGCUGACACUGUCCAGUCCAGUGCCAGACCUAAUAUAGGCUGUAACAAUUUUUUUAAGGGACAUAAAAAAAGGUUGGUAUUGAUUAUUUCGCUGUUUAAAGCAGUUCUUCCCUCAUUUAUAUCAGAACCAUUUGCUGCUCCUUUGAAUGUGAGAGGACAUAAUACCAGCUCAACCAGCAUCUUGGUAACAUGGGAUGAUGUUCCGGCUGAUGAUAAAAAUGGUAUCAUUACGAGUUACAGCAUCACUUAUCACUCACUGACACAGAAUCACAGUAACAGCACAACAGUGGAUCAUCCAGAUCGUCAAGUGACUCUGAUGGGUCUGAAAGAGUUUGUUAACUACAGCAUCACAGUGUUUGCUUCCACGGCGAAAGGAAAUGGACCUGAAAGCGAUCCUGUUAUUAUUAGUUCUGGGGAAGACAGUGAGUAAUUUUGCUUUUGAGUUAAUGUUCUCUGUUGCAUUUCGGAAAUCAGUUCUUAACUACCAACACAUACUUCUCCAGUACCAGACCUAAUAUAGGCAGUAACUAUUUUUUUUUAUAUUCAUUAAAAAAUGGUAUUGAUUAUAUCGUUGUUUAAAGCAGUUCUUACCUCAUUUAUAUCAGAGCCACUGACACAUAUGAGAGAAACGUCGUUUGAAUCGGCGUGCUUCUAACUUAGACAAUGCUUCAUAGUUAAUCAGCUCCGGAGAUGAAGCUUAUCGCUUCCAAACACAUUUUCGGUUAUAUUUGUACUGAAUCUCAAGGACCUCUUUCGCAAUUGAAUGUUCGGACGCAUGUCAAUACUUUUGCGUACGUUUUUGUACAUUAAGUAUCCUCUAGGGUCAGCUAAAAACGGAAAGCAUGCUUCAUGGAUUACUCACGGCGUGAUGAAGUCACGUAAGAAAAAGAAGAGGCUCAACAAGAAAGCAACAAGAUCUGGCCGACAAAAGUCAUGGACGCGUGCUGCUCCAUAAACAACUUAUCAAAAAUGCUGGCAACUCUUCCCAGAGGGAACACAUUAAUAAGAUCUCUGAAGAUCUAAAGAUCUCUGGAACCCGAAAUCGUUUUAGAGCUACAUCUCAUCGGCUAGUAAAGGAUCAAACAAGCUAACCUCCCUGAAACUGAAUGAUGUAACGAUGGCAGAGGAUUCAGAUGUUGCCGAAAACAUGAAUUUUACAUCCGAGGAUUAUGCAAAUAUUUUUAUGUAUAACAAUGUCUUGGAUCUCAAACUGUCAACUAUCCUAUGUAAUGUAAAUGAAAUCAGCCAUCUUUUAAAAAACUAAACCUGCGCAGGUCCUCCAGUCCUGAUUAGAUUUCACCGCUUGUACUGAAGGAAUGCGUAGUCGAGUUAGCGCCUUGUCUUUGUUCAUGAUUAGUUUUGGCAGUUCCUUCGAUACUGGCCAGGUGCCGUUGUUGUGGAAAAUAACCGAUCUUAACUUAUAUAUUUCAGAACCUUCUGCUGCUCCUAUGAAUGUGAGUGGACAUAACACAAGUUCAACCAGCAUCUUUAUCAUUUGGAAUGAUAUUCCAGCGGCUGAACAGAAUGGUAUCAUCACAAGUUACAACAUCGCCUAUCAAUCACUGACAGAGAAUCACAGUAACAGUACAACAGUCGAUUUUCCAGAUCGUCAAGUGACUCUGACGGGUCUGAAAAAGUUUGUUAACUACAGCAUCACAGUGUCUGCCUCUACGAAGGUAGGACCUGGACCAGCCAGUAAACCCGUUAUUGUCAGUACUGGCGAGGAUAGUAAGUGAUUUUGUUUUUAGUUUGAUGUUCGUCGUUGCAUGUUAGAAACUUGGCGUUGGUAUGAAUAUUUAGACUAGUUUACAAUGGAACGAGAUGAUGCGAGGCACCUCUUACAUUUGAGUUUUUGUUCAUUUUUGUGCUUGCUGUGCUUUCGAUCUUAAAAGGCCUUUGUUAGCACUAUGAUACGGUGUUGUGUAAGACAGGAAUGUGAUUGGGUUUCUUUGAAUUCAUUUCUGGUUUUGUCGGGUUUAGUUCAAUGUCGGUUCAGGGCCCCACCUCUGUAUUUCGACUUGCUAUUGAUUUGAGCUUAAAAGCUUCCUCGUCAAACGUUCUCACAUGUGUAUAUUAUUAUUUUACUCUGAACAUAUCAAACCUAUCCUUUUAAGAAGAGGGUAAGCUGAAAGGAAAAAAUAUGUAAAAGUAGAGACAAAACAAAAAAAGACAAAAAAAUUAAAAAAAAACGGUUGACCACGCCAAAGUUCGAACCUAUUAAUUCCAAAUCCUAUUUUUUUUUUAAAUAUCAUAUAUCGAAAGUAAUGUACAGUAAAGCGGUUUCCGCACACGUGUAACUUCUCAGUCUAAGAACUGUUUGACCACAGCGUAUGCAAAGUCCGUUAAAUGUGCUUAUGGUUCACUUCAGAACCUUCUGCUGCUCCUUUGAAUGUGAGAGGACAUAACACCAGCUCAACCAGCAUCUUUGUCACUUGGGAUGAUGUUCCAGCUACUGAUAAAAAUGGUAUCAUUACGAGUUACAACAUCACUUAUCACUCACUGACAGAGAAUCACAGUAACAGCACAACAGUGGAUCAUCCAGAUCGUCAAGUGACUCUGAUGGGUCUGAGAGAGUUUGUUAACUACAGCAUCACAGUGUUUGCUUCCACGGUGAAAGGAAAUGGACCUGAAAGCAAUCCUGUUAUUAUCAGUUCUGGGGAAGACAGUGAGUAAUUUUGCUUUUGAAUUAAUGUUCUAUGUUGCAUUUCAGAAAUCAGUUCUUAACUACCAACACAUACUUCUCCAGUACCAGACCUAAUAUAGGCAGUAACUAUUUUUUUUUUAUAUUCAUUAAAAAAAUGGUAUUGAUUAUGUCGUUGUUUAAAGCAGUUCUUACCUCAUUUAUAUCAGAGCCAUCUGCUGCUCCUUUAAAUGUGAGAGGACAUAACACAAGCUCAACCAGCAUCUUGGUAACAUGGGAUGAUGUCCCGGCUGAUGAUAAAAAUGGUAUCAUUACGAGUUACAACAUCACUUAUCACUCACUGACAGAGAAUCACAGUAACAGUACAACAGUGGAUCAUCCAGAUCGUCAUGUGACUCUCGUGAGUCUGAGAGAGUUUGUCAACUACAGCAUCACAGUGUUUGCUUCCACGGUGAAAGGAAAUGGACCUGAAAGUGAUCCUGUUAUUAUAAGUUCUGGCGAAGACAGUGAGUAGUUUUGCUUUUGGAUUAAUGCUAUUCGCUGCAUUUCAGAAAUCAGUUCUUACCUACCAACACAUCCCAGUCCAGUGCCAGACCUAAUAUAGGUAGUAACUAUUUUUUAUGGAGAACAAAAAAGAAAGGUUGGUAUUGACUAUUUCGCUGUUUAAAGCAGUUCUUAUCUCAUUUAUAUCAGAACCAUCUGCUGCUCCUUUAAAUGUGAGAGGACAUAACACCAGCUCAACCAGCAUCUUUGUAACAUGGGAUGAUGUUCCGGCUGCUGAUAAAAAUGGUAUCAUUACGAGUUACAACAUCACUUAUCACUCACUGACAGAGAAUCACGGUAACAGUACAACAGUGCAUCAUCCAGAUCGUCAAGUGACUCUCAUGGGUCUCAGAGAGUUUGUUAAGUAUAACAUCACAGUGUUUGCUUCCACGGUGAAAGGAAAUGGACCUGAAAGCGAUCCUGUUAUUAUUACUACUGGCGAGGAUAGUGAGUACUUUCGUUUUUGGAGUAAUGUUGUUCGUUGCCUUUCAGAAUUCAGUUUUUACCUGCUAACACUGUCCAGUCCAGUGCCAGACCUAAUAUAGGCAGUAACUAUUUUUUUCUUUAUGGACAAAAGAAAAAAAAAGUUGGUAUUCUUUAUUUUGCUGUCUAAAACAGUUCUUACCUCGUUUAUAUCAGAACCAUCUGCUGCUCCUUUGAAUGUGAGAGGACAUAACACAAGCUCAACCAGCAUCUUUGUAACAUGGGAUGAUGUUCCAGCUGCUGAUAAAAAUGGUAUCAUUACGAGUUACAACAUCACUUAUCAAUCAUUGACGGAAAAUCACAGUAACAGUACAACAGUGAAUCAUCCAGAUCGUCAAGUGACUCUGACGGAUUUGAGAGAGUUUGUUAACUACAGCAUCACAGUGUUUGCUUCCACGGUGAAAGGAAAUGGACCUGAAAGCGAUCCUGUUAUUGUCAGUACUGGCGAGGAUAGUGAGUAAUUUUGCUUGUGGAUUAUUGUUCUUCGUGUCAUUUCAGAAAUCAGUUCUUAUCUGCUAACACUGUUCAGUCCUAAUAUAGGCAGUGACUAUUUUUUUAAGGACAUAAAAAAAGGUUGGUAUUGAUUAUUUCCCUGUUUAAAGCAGUUCUUACCUCAUUUAUAUCAGAACCAUCUGCUGCUCCUUUAAAUGUGAGAGGACAUAACACAAGCUCAACCAGCAUCUUUAUAACAUGGGAUGGUGUUCAGGCUGCUGAUAAAAAUGGUAUCAUUACGAGUUACAACAUCACCUAUCACUCACUGACAGAGAAUCACAGUAACAGUACAACAGUGGAUUAUCCAGAUCGUCAAGUGACUCUGAUAGGUCUGAGAGAGUUUGUUAACUACAGCAUCACAGUGUCCGCUUCUACGAACAUAGGGCCCGGACCAGCCAGUGAUGCUAUUAUUGUCAUUACUGGCGAAGACAGUAAGUGAUAUGCUACUCGAACAUAAAACUCAUAGAAUUUAGAUAAUAUAUAACUUACCGCCAACGUGUAAUAUUCUCUACAUAAUGGUCGAAAAAUGUCAACUAUCCUAUGUAAUGUACACGAAAUUGCCACCCUCUUAAAUCGAGCAAGUCCCCCGGGUCUGAUCAGCUUCAUUGCUUUUACUGAGGGAAUGUCCAGUCAAGUUAGUGCCCCCUCUUUCAUUAUUUAACAAUUCCUUCGGUACUGUCCAGGUGCCGUUGUCGUGGAUAAUAACCGAUAGUGUCUCUGUCAAUUUUUUUUUCAAAUAAAAUCCCUAUUCCAUGGAACCUCCAUUAAACGGUUACUCUAUAUUUAGGUGGUCACCCCAGCAUGCCCUGGGGGUGACUGCUUAAUUCAGGUUCGACUGUUUUUAUGAAUGCGAGUCUUCUCUUAUUCUCUUUUAGUAAAGGGUGCCGCUAUCGCAUAAGUUAUUUUGAGAAAACAGCAAAACACAAUUUUCACCAUAUCAUCAUUUCCCAUAGCCAGUUUAAUACUUGAACGAAUCUUAUCAUUUCUUUGUAUUGCCUUUAGAUCCCGGUGGCCCACCACAAGCUGUCGCAAUGUAUGCUGUAUCUUCUACAAUUGUCUCUGUUUCAUGGAAUCCUGUUACUGCUGAUGAUCGAAAUGGAAUCAUCAAAGGAUAUAAAGUGAAUUAUCAAGCCUUACCAAAUGGUGAAAUGGUCGCCAAGUUCAGCAAUAUCAGCAGUCAGCAACAGAAUAAAACACAAUCAGUGACUUUAGAUAAUCUGAAUGAGUUUACAAACUACAGCAUUAGAGUGUUAGCAUUCACUUUAGUUGGAAAUGGACCAGCAAGUGUUGCCCAGGUUGUGCAGACACUAGAAGACAGUAAGUUUUAAGUUUUGAAGUCCUUUUAAGUUUUAUGCAAGCAUCUGUGCUUUUAUUUUUGCUGAAACAGCUGUUGUGUUCGUUUCUGCCUCGUACACACCAUAGAGAGUAAUGUAUGUGUAAGAGGUGGCUAGAGAAGACUUUACACCGUAUGAUCUCGCGGGAGACAGAGAGAGAAUAAUAAUGUACACCUUGUUUAAUGGUUUAACACGUAAUACAAGCGGGUAUUUUGCGAGUUGCGUAGUUUUUUUUUGCGCGUGAGGAAAACUUCGAACAAUAAGCAGGUAAUGCGUGCGCUUAUAAUCAAACUUUUUCUUACAGUUUAUUUGCAUUUGGAAUGAAUGCAAUGAUUUUACAUGACACAGACUUUAUAUCUUCUGUUAAGGCCGUCAUGAUCGAAGAUCUAAUGAGAAGUGGAAAUCCUUUUGACAUAAUAUUUGUAAUAAGGAAUCCUGGUGCAAUUAGCUAUAGUUUUCUUAAUUGUCUGAGUUUAUCUUCAGUUCUGGCAAAAAUUGACGCUUUACCAGCUUAUUUUAUUUUCCAUCCUUUGCUUAGGAUAGUUGGGUAUUAUCAAAUGAGUUGACGACGUAAAUUGACCUCCGUAAAGAGUUUUAAAGCUGACAUGUCGAGCGUUAUCCCUUCGUCAGUGCUCUGACAAGGGGCUAACGCCGAAACGUCUAAAACGUCAAGACGUCAGCUUUGAAACUCUUUAUAUUGGCCAAUUUACGUUAUCAACUCAGUUGAUGAUACCAAAUUACCCUGUUAUACUUUCCCACCGAGACAGCACCGCAGUUUCUUCAAAAAGCUAUCCCCUUUAGUCGUUCUCUCCUCAGUUUGCUUCCCGUAAAAAGUUCAUCUACAAGACCUUGCGAUAAAUUUUCUUUGCUUUCAGAGCCUAGUGGGCCACCACAACCGGUCUCAACUAGCGAUGUGACAUCUACAAGUAUCAAUGUAUCCUGGGGUCCUGUCCCCGCUGAUGAUCGAAAUGGAAUCAUCCUAGGAUAUAAACUAAAUUAUCGAGCUUUACCAAAUGGUGGCAUCGUUACCGAAUUCCUCAAUAUCAGCAGUAAACAACAGGAUGAAGGAGGAACAAAGACGCUCCAGACUCUGAAUGAAUUUACAAACUAUAGCAUUGAUGUGUUAGCAUUCACUAUAAUAGGAGAUGGACCACCAAGCGUUCCCAAGUUUUUGCGAACACAGGAGGACAGUAAGUUGAACUAAUAUCCUCUCUCUAUUGUGUUACUCAAGGUAAAAUGUAAUACAAUGUGAUUAAAGCGUAGAAUGUACAUAGUGUAAUUACGUCUGACUCCCUCAGGAUACUCAAAGCACGUAUUGUAAAUACACUGUGAUCUGAUGAGGAAAAUCUAUGCUGUAACUUGCAAAUGUUAAAGUGACUGACCCAAUUCAUUUUAGACAUUUUGUACUAACGUCUUCCUUCAAAUUGAUGGAUUCGAAUGAAAUCAGAAAAAAACGAUUGAGACACAUAUGAGAGAAACUUCUUUGAAUGGGCGUGCUUUUAACUUAGACAAUGCUUUAUAGUUAAUCAGCUCUGGAUAUGAAGCUUAUCGCUUCCAAACGCCUUUUCGGUUAUAUUUGUGUUGAAUCUCAAGGAGCUCUUUCGCAAUUGAAUGUUCGGACGCAUGUCAAUACCUUUGCGCAAGUUUUUGAACAUUAAGUGUCCUCUAGGGUCAGCUAAAAACGGGAAACAUGCUUCAUGGAUUACUCACGGUUUGAUGAAGUCAUGUAAGAAAAAGAGGGGGCUCAACAAGAAAGCAACAAGAUCUGGCCGACAAAAGUCAUGGACGCGUACUGCUCCAUAAACAACUUAUAAAAAAUGUUGGCAACAUUUCCCGGAAGGAACAUAUUAAUAAGAUCUCUGAAGAUCUAAAGAUCUCUGGAACCCGAAAUCGUUUUUGAGCUACAUCUCAUCGGCCAGUAAAGGAUCAAACAAGCUAACCUCCAUGAAACUGAAUGAUGUAACGAUGGGAGAGGAUUCAGAUGUUGCCCAUAACAUGAAUUUUACAUCCGAGGAUUAUGCAAAUAUUUUUAUGUAUAACAAUGUCUUGGAUCUCAAACUGUCAACUAUCCUAUGUAACGUAAAUGAAAUCAGCCAGCAUUUAAAAAACUAAACCUGUGCAGGUCCUUCAGUUCUGAUUAGAUUUCACCAUUUGUACUGAAGGAAUGCGUAGUCGAGUUAGCGCCUUGUCUUUGUUCAUGAUUAGUUUUGGCAGUUCCUUCGAUACUGGCCAGGUGCCGUUGUCGUGGAAAAUAACCGAUCUUAACUCAUAUAUUUCAGAACCUUCUGCUGCUCCUAUGAAUGUGAGCGGACAUAACACAAGCUCAACCAGCAUCUUUAUCAUUUGGAAUGAUAUUCCAGCGGCUGAACAGAAUGGUAUCAUCACAAGUUACAACAUCACCUAUCACUCACUGACAGAGAAUCAUAGUAACAGUACAACAGUCGAUUUUCCAGAUCGUCAAGUGACUCUGACGGGUCUGAAAAAGUUUGUUAACUACAGCAUCACAGUGUCUGCCUCUACGAAGAUAGGACCUGGACCAGCCAGUAAACCCGUUAUUGUCAGUACUGGCGAGGAUAGUAAGUGAUUUUGUUUUUAGUUUGAUGUUCGUCGUUGCAUGUUAGAAACUUGGAGUUGGUAUGAAUAUGGAACGAGAUGAUGCGAGGCACCUCUUACAUUUGAGUUUUUGUUCAUUUUUGUGCUUGCUGUGCCUUCGAUCUUAAAAGGCCUGUGUAAGCACUAUGAUACGGUGUUGUUUAAGCAAAGAAUGUGAUUGGGUUUCUUUGAAUUCAUUUAUGGUUUUGUCGGGUUUAGUUCAAUGUCAGUUGAGGGCCCCACCUCUGUAUUUCGACUUGCUAUUGAUUUGAGCUUCAAAGCUUCGUCGUCAAAUGUUCUCACAUGUGUAUAUUAUUAUUUUACUCUGAACAUAUCUAACCUAUCCUUUAAAGAAGAGGGUAAGCUGAAAGGAAAAAAUAUGUAAAAGGAAAGGCAAAACAAAAAAAGACAAAAAUUAAAAAAACGGUUGACCACGCCAAAGCUCAAACCUAUUAGUUCCAAUUCGAAAGUAAUGUACAGUAAAGCGGUUUCCGCAAACGCGUAACUUCUCAGGCUGAGAACUGUUUGACCACUGUGUAUGCAAAGUCCGUUAAAUGUGCUUAUGGUUCACUUCAGCACCUUCUGCUGCUCCUUUGAAUUUGAGAGGAAAUAACACAAGCUCAACCAGCAUCUUUGUAACAUGGGAUGGUGUUCCGGCUGCUGAUAAAAAUGGUAUCAUUACGAGUUACAACAUCACCUAUCACUCACUGACAGAGAAUCACAGUAACAGUACAACAGUGGAUUAUCCAGAUCGCCAAGUGACUCUGAUAGGUCUGAGAGAGUUUGUCAACUACAGCAUCACAGUGUCCGCUUCUACGAACAUAGGACCUGGACCAGCCAGUGAUGCUAUUAUUGUCAUUACUGGCGAAGACAGUAAGUGAUAUGCCACUUAAACAUAAAACUCAUAGAAUUUAGAUAAUAUAUAACUUAUCGCCAACGUGUAAUAUUCUCUAGAUAAUGGUCGAAAAAUGUCAACUAUCCUAUGUAAUGUACACGAAACUAGCCACCCUCUUAAAUCGAGCAAGUCCCCCGAGUCUGAUCAGCUUUCAUUGCUUUUACUGAGGGAAUGUCCAGUCAAGUUAGUGCCCCCUCUUUCAUUAUUUAACAAUUCCUUCGGUACUGUCCAGGUGCCGUUGUCGUGGAUAAUAACCGAUAUUGUCUCUGUCAAUUUUUUUUUCAAAUAAAACCCCUAUUCCAUGGAACCUCCAUUAAACGGUUACUCUAUAUUUAGGUGGUCACCCCAGCAUUCCCUGGGGAUGACUGCUUAAUUCAGGUUCGACUGUGGUUAUGAAUGCGAGUCUUCUCUUACUCUCUUUUAGUAAAGGGUGCCGCUAUCGCAUAAGUUAUUUUGAGAAAACAGCAAAACACAAUUUUCACCAUAUCAACAUUUCCCAUAGACAGUUUAAUACUUGAACGAAUCGCAUCAUUUCUUUGUAUUGCCUUUAGAUCCCGGUGGCCCACCACAAGCUGUCGCAAUCUAUGCUGUAUCUUCUACGAGUGUCUCCGUUUCAUGGAAUCCUGUUAUUGCUGAUGAUCGAAAUGGUAUCAUCAAAGGAUAUAAAGUGAAUUAUCAAGCCUUACCAAAUGGCGAAAUGGUCGCCAAGUUCAGCAAUAUCAGCAGUCAGCAACAGAAUAAAACACAAACAGUGACUUUAGAUAAUCUGAAUGAGUUUACAAACUACAGCAUUAGAGUGUUAGCAUUCACUUUAGUUGGAAAUGGACCAGCAAGUGUUGCCCAGGUUGUGCAGACACUGGAAGACAGUAAGUUUUAAGUUUUUAAGUCCUUUAAAGUUUUAUGCAAGCAUCUGUGCUUUUAUUUUUGCUGUAACAGCUGUUGUGUUCGUUUCUGCCUCGUACACACCAUAGAGAGUAAUGUAUGUGUAAGAGGUGGCUAGAGAAGACUUUACACCGUAUGAUCACGCGGGAGACAGAGGGAGAAUAAUAAUGUACACCAUGUUUAAUGGUUUAACACGUAAUACAAGCGGAUAUUUUGCGAGUUGCGUAUUCUUUAUGCGCGUGAGGAAGACUUCGAACAAUAAACAGGUAAUGCGUGCGCUUAUAAUCAAACUUUUUCUGACAGUUUAUUUGCAUUUGGAAUGAAUGCAAUGAUUUUACAUGACACAGACUUUAUAUCUUCUGUUAAGGCCGUCAUGAGCGAAGAUCUAAUGAGAAGUGGAAAUCCUUUUGACAUAAUAUUUGUAAUAAGGAGUCCUCGUGCAAUUAGCUAUAGUUUUCUUAAUUGUCUGAGUUUAUCUUCAGUUCUGGCAAAAAUUGACGCUUUACCAGCUUAUUUUAUUUUCCAUCCUUUGCUUAGGAUAGUUGGGUAUUAUCAAAUGAGUUGACAACGUAAAUUGACCUCCGUAAAGAGUUUUAAAGCUGACGAUUCGAGCGUUAUCCCUUCGUCAGUGCUCUGACAAGGGGCUAACGCCGAAACGUCUAAAACGUCAAGACGUCAGCUUUGAAACUCUUUACAUCGGCCAAUUUACGUUAUCAACUCAGUUGAUGAUACCAAAUUACCCUGUUAUAAUUUCCCACCGAGACAGCACCGCAGUUUCUUCAAAAAGCUAUCCCCUUUAGUCGUUCUCUCCUCAGUUUGCUUCCCGUAAAAAGUUCAUCUACAAGACCUUGCGAUAAAUUUUCUUUGCUUUCAGAACCUAGUGGGCCACCACAACUGGUCUCAAUUAGCGAUGUGACAUCUACAAGUAUCAAUGUAUCCUGGGGUCCUGUCCCCGCUGAUGAUCGAAAUGGAAUCAUCCUAGGAUAUAAACUAAAUUACCGAGCUUUACCAAAUGGUGGCAUCGUUACCGAAUUCCUCAAUAUCAGCAGUAAACAACAGGAUGAAGGAGGAACAAAGACGCUCCAGACUCUGAAUGAAUUUACAAACUACAGCAUUGAUGUGUUAGCAUUCACUAUAAUAGGAGAUGGACCACCAAGCGUUCCCAAGUUUUUGCGAACACAGGAGGACAGUAAGUUGAACUAAUAUCCUCUCUCUAUUGUGUUACUCAAGGUAGAAUGUAAUACAAUGUGAUUAAAGCAUAGAAUGUACAUAGUGUAAUUGCGUCUGACUCCCAAAGGAUACUCAAAGUACGUAUUGUAGAUACACUGUGAUCUGAUGAGGAAAAUCUAUACUGUAACUUGCAAAUGUUAAAAUGACUGACCCAAUUCAUUUUAGACAUUUUUGUACUAAUGUCUUCCUUCAAAUUGAUGGAUUCGAAUGAAAUCAGAAAAAAAGGUUUGAGACAGAUAUGAGAGAAACGUCGUUUGAAUCGGCGUGCUUCUAACUUAGACAAUGCUUCAUAGUUAAUCAGCUCAGGGGAUAAAGCUUAUCGCUUCCAAACACAUUUUCGGUUAUUAUAUUUGUAUUGAAUCUCAAGGAGCUCUUUCGCUAUUGAAUGUUCGGACGCAUGUUAAUACUUUUGCGUAAGUUUUUGUACAUUAAGUGUCCACUAGGGUCAGCUAAAAACGGAAAGCAUGCUUCAUGGAUUAAUCACGGCUUGAUGAAGUCGUGUAAGAAAAAGAAGGGGCUCAACAAGAAAGCAACAAGAUCUGGCCGACAAAAGUCAUGGACGCGUACUGCUCCAUAAACAACUUACUAAAAAUGCUGGCAACUCUUCCUGGAGGGAACACAUUAAUAAGAUCUCUAAGAUCUAAAGAUCUCUGGGACCCGAAAUCGUUUUAGAUCUACCUCUCAUCGGCCAGUAUAGGAUCAAACAAGCUAACCUCCCUCAAAGUGAAUGAUGUAACCAUGAGAGAGGAUUCAGAUGUUCCCGAAAACAUGAAUUUUACAUCCCAUGAUUAGGUUAUCCGUCGUGUUUCCGGAACGGUUUAACAUGUUUCUGCCACGUUUCCGUUUACGGAUUCUUGCAAUUUCGUCCUGUGCUUAGACUACUUCCUUGGAAAACAAAGUAUCUUACGUUCUUUCUGUGUAAUUCAGAGCCUUCUGCUCCUCCCACGAACGUCGCUGGACAAAGCAUCAACUCAACCAGCAUCUCAGUCACGUGGGAUGAAGUUCCAGCGGCUGAACAGAAUGGUAUCAUCACAGAUUACAAUAUUAGCUAUCACUCACUGACAGAGAAACACAGUAGCAGUGCAACAGUGGAUUAUGUCGCCCGCCAAAUGACUCUGACUGGUCUAAGAGAGUUUGUUAACUACAGCAUCACGGUGUUUGCAUCUACAGUAGUGGGAAACGGACCAGCCAGUAAUCCUAUUAUUGUCAGUACUAGCGAGGACAGUGAGUAAUUUUGCUUUUAGUUCGAUGUAUUAACAUAAUAUUUCAGAUGAUAACGAGAGAAAGAAAUGUAAGUCACAUUUUAUCCCCUUCCUUCAAAGGGAUAAAGGGACAGAGAAAAUGAUAAAAGCUAAAAGUGAAUGAAACAAAAUGAUAAUCUAUGAUGGUUUGGCAAUAUCUGGUGGUAAGAUAGAGUCAAUCAUUUAUUGUAUACAAGAUAUAUACAAACUUUGCUUAUUCAUUUUAGAGCCUUCUGCUCCUCCUGCCAAUAUACGAGGACAUAACACCAGCUCAACCAGCAUCUUAGUAGAGUGGAGAGAGGUUCCCCCAGCAGAUCAGAAUGGCGUCAUUUUAACUUACACCAUUAGUUAUCAAUCACUGACACAGAAUGACAUCCGUAGUAAAACAGUGGCUUCUACAACAAAAAUAUUGAAUCUAACAGGCUUGAAGAAGUUUGUUUACUACAACAUCACAUUGUUUGCAUCUACGGUGAAAGGAAAUGGAAAAGCCAGCGAUCCUAUUUUAGUUAUUACUGACCAGGAUAGUGAGUGGUAUUUUUUCUCUCUCUCUCCUUUUUUUUUUUUUUUCUCGGUUGAUCAGUCAUUUUCAGAUCCGGAAGGGUGUUAACUGAACCCUUCUUUUUGUUAUGGCAAGGCUGCGACCAUUCUGAAUUACCCAAACCUUUAUUAAGAGAGGGAAACACCGGAACCCUCUUUAACACUUCUGAAAUAUUUAGAUUCCUGUCUCGUGAACUUUCCUUUCAGAACCUUCUGCUGCUCCUUUAAAUGUGAGAGGACAUAACACUAGCUCAACCAGCAUCCUAGUAGAGUGGGACGAUGUUCCAGCUUUUGAUCAGAAUGGUAUCAUCACGAGUUACAAAAUUACUUACCAGUCACAAUCAGAGAAUCACAAUGGGAGUGCUAUAGCUGGCCCCAUUGAACGUCAAAAGGAAUUAACAGAUCUUAGAGAGUACGUCAACUACAAUAUCACAGUACGUGCCUCGACUUCGAAAGGAGAUGGACCAAAUAGUAGUCCUGCUAUUGUUUUUAGAACAGACCAGGAUAGUAAGUAGUGUUCUUGAACAACCCAUCUAGUCCACGUUUAAGACUGAUGUUUGUGUUUACCUUCCAGUUAUAGCUUUUUAAGUCGAAAGGAAUGUAAAGUGGGUCUUUAAAGAAAGUAAUUGCUGUGUGUUAUUACAAUGUGGAAGACAAAAAUAAUAUGAAUAAGAAGACCCCUUUCCUCAAGCUAAGUUUUUUUAAAUUCAAAUCUCGGAAAGAUCGGAAAUGAACAUUGACUUGUAAGUUAUCUUACUUUACCUUUUUUAUGGGCGUCUUAUUAUUCAGCUUUAUUUCAAAAGUUAGACAACUUGAGAAAUUUGGAAAUCUCGCGGUAAAUAGGGCGCUAUGGCGCUAUUGUCGUCCCUUUUCAAGAAACUUAACGCUUCGAAGAGGCUACUCUAUAACGUGUUCUUUGUAGUUCCCCUUCAAACAAAGUCCCUAAGUUAUGAACAGACGUUUCUUUUUUCUUUAACUUCAAGUUACCACUCAAAUAUUGAAUGCUGUUUCCUAAUCUUUCUGCUGAGAACCGUUUGCAUCUUCUGAUUUGAAGGAUUAAUUAGGUUAGCCUUAAGUGUUAAUGUGACAGUCUGACCGAUGACCUUAGAGAAAAUCAAGUUCAAAAAAGUUAAUUUUUUUGCUGAGAGUCAAAGUAACUAAUCCAGUUUUAGUGCGGAUUGUAAUAGAAUCUCUUAAUAUGUCUCUCUCUCGGGUUAAGAGCCACCUUUGACUGUGAUGAACUUUAUCUUUUUUUAGCAUACCAAAAAUUUUGUAAAUUUCGUCAGUUCUAAUCUUUAUCAAUCCUCGCCAUCUGUUAUAAUCUUUGUUUUUCUUUUGGGUUUUUUCUUACCCUUUGGUGUUUUUUUGAAGCAAAACUAUCUCUUUCAAAAUAUCCAUUAAUUUGCUUUACGAACGCAACUCUAUGACCCAGCAAAUGGCUUUCAUUAUCUUAACGAAACGCCGCUAACAUGAUAAAGAUAUGAAAUGAAUUUUUUACCAACGAUUUUUAGGACCCAGUGGGGCCCCUUUGAACUUACGUCCAAUCAAUACGACUUCAACAAGCAUAUUUGUCAUGUGGGAUGAGGUUUUGCCUGAUGAACAGAAUGGUAUCAUAAUUAGUUACAACGUCAGCUAUCGGGCGAUACCAGAAGCUGGAUCUGCUGGGCCCUUUUUUUCGAAAUUAGUUACGGCUCCAACAAGGCACGUGAACCUGACCGGCCUAACAAAGGAUAUGCAUUACAACGUCAGUGUGUUGGCCUCUACAAUCAAGGGCAAAGGGAGUUACAGUAACCCAGAGACGUUUAGAACAAACGAAGACAGUAAGUCCGUAUUUUUCAAUAAUGUGACCUUUGAAAAUAAACUCACGCGAUAUAGCUUUCUGUUGAUAAUUACAAGUUGCGACGACAUCAAAAAGAUCAGGUCGGGUCCACUCUUUUUUCUUAUGAAUACAGUCACAUACUGGUUAAAUCCAGCGGGAGAUGUACGAUUGGGGAGUGAUACCAUGUAUGUGGAAAAAUAUUUUUGUCAGGCGGGACUUACCUACACCGAAGCCAAUAGUAAUGGCUUCUUAGCUACGGAACCUUGAGAAAAUCUAUUUUUCUUGACCCUUCUUACUAAGAUCGAACAUGCUUUGAUGCUAUCUCUAUCAAUCUAUCAGAGGCGUGCUAUUUCACGCAUUUCACCAGAUUAAAAUCUCUUGUUGAAUAUCACACAAGUCAAUAUGAUAGCAAGUACGAUUUACCUCCUAGCAGCCAGAGAGACAAAAUCGCAAGUCAGGUGUUUAAUUUUUGACCACCAGAUAGUGUUGGACAUUAAUCACCACUUCGGUGACAAAUGUUUUUAAUUUUCCACCUCUUGGUCUUUACGUAGGGCCCGGUGCACCUCCUCAGAAUGUACAAGGUUAUAACACCAGUUCGACUAGCAUUAAUGUUACAUGGAAUGAGGUGCUGGAGGAGAAACAGCAUGGUGAUAUAAUCCGCUAUACUGUCAUGUACAAAAAAAUGGGAAAUGUGACUUACGAGUCAGUUAAAGUUACACCAAUAUCUGGAAACUUUGUUGAGUUAAGAAGGCUUAAUAAGUUCACAUUCUACGACAUCAAGGUUUCAGCUUCUACCCGUACAGGGAAUGGACCAGCAAGUAAUCCCAUUAAAGUCCAAACAGACGAAGACGGUAAGUAAAAAAGGCAUUCGGUAGGUCCCUCAGCGGCCAGAACUGUGGAAAAAAAACUGAAUAUUCUAUAAUUUAUAAAUCUAUAUUUGCUAUGGGUCGAGUUAUCAUACGAAUUGGGGUCAGGAAAUUCAGUAUCAGUCAUUAAAUGCGACAUUUCUGCAAUAAUCGAUGGUGGAGGUGUCCAGAAUACCAAAAUAGCCCCAUGCCCUUAAAAAUUGUGAUUUUUCAGGACCUCAAAUAGCAAUGAUGGAUUAGUUGUCAUUUGUGAGGUGUUUAACAGUCUGUAACAAAGAAUGAAGGAAGUGUGGAAUUUGCCUUUUGCCUUGCGGUUUAUAAAGAGAGACGCAGUGGCGGUGAACAAGUUUCGUUAUUCGAACCCCCACCGAUAUUAGUGAAAUUAGCUUUUGAGAAAGGUUAGUAACCUGCGAUAAGCCCGCAUUUCCUCCUCAGAAGAAGCAAUACUCCUUGUAGUCUGAUGCCGGAGAAAUCGGGGUGAGUGCAACAACUUUUGCAUUCGCUAUGUAGCUUGUGUUGAUAAAAGCUCCCCUUUUCUCCUGUUAAGGAAUCAAUUUAUCACUCGUUAGCCUGAAAGCUUUUCCGGUUAUUACCCAUAAUAGAUGCGAGAAAAAAAAAUAAUUUUGGAUAUCUUGUCUUUGUUACAGUGCCUUCUGCGGCUCCUGAAUUAGUGUCUGUACAAACACUGAACAGCACUAGCAUACGAAUUGAAUGGUUGGCGGUUCCUGAAGAAUCCAUAUACGGGAUUCCGACCAGAUACACCAUUUACUACGCAAACUCCGAUGGCAAGGUGUAUACCAAGGUUGUAAGGCCAGUCAAUGUUCAGAAUACAUACCAAGAAGUUGUUUCUGGUCUUAAGGAAUCUACUGAGUAUUCAUUCCAAGUUUCGCUUUCAACUGCAAAGGGGGAAGGUCCCCUAAGUGUGUCCAAAUCUUCUGCAACCAAAGGUGGA